CAAUUAUGGCCUCAGACAGGUACGGUUGUCGAGGCUUCAGUUCCCAGGAACAUUGAAGAAGAAUCUUUCUGUUACCCUUAACUAGGAUAAUGGAUGACAAAGACAACGAGCGAGAUGUUAACAUCAGCAGAACAGCCGAAAAUGACGACGAAAUGGUGUUGGAAGAAGCAGUGAAAGCCGUAACUUUACCUUCUUCGGUAUGCCGUACAUCGUCGCCUGACAGCACUUCGAGCAAUCACUCCGCCGGGGUCUACAGUAACUCGCACCACACGCAAGUACGGCGAAGCACUGAUAACAGGGAAGAAGAUCUGUUUCUCGAGUUCGAGGAGAACGGUUUUUCGGAUAGUCGGGUUCGUAUGCAUGAAUCCCUAGCCCAGACGGCAAGUCUUGAAAAACGCGAUCAGGAAGAUGGGUUGUCCCGUAAAACACCCAGAAGUAGUCAGCUUGACGAACCCUUGGAGUCCAUCGCCCAACCUCUUGAAGAAAUCUCUCUCCAGAGUACAACUACUUGUACCCCACUACAAGAAACUUGUGGCCGUCAGUUUGACGAUCUCCCAGACGGAUGUUUGGAGAACGCCACACAGCUGAGACGAGGAGGCCUUGUGGAUGUCGAAAGGAUUCGGAAUCAAGAAUCAAAACGCUUCACUGUUGUCCUCUUCAAAAGAGGAAUCAUUGCCAGGGAUGACCUUGUUCAUGUCCUUUACAUUAUUCCAUAUGAUGACUUCCAGAAGAAGUUCCCUAAAAUUAAACAAUAUGAAGGUGUUGUUUGCCAUGGGACUGAAUUUCCAACUGGUGAAGCAAACCAACCCAUGUCAGAGAGUUCACUUUACCGCCAUAUCUUAAUUACUGACAUUGUCACUAUUCAGUUUGAAUUAGUCCAUGGCGAAAACUUCAGAGUUGUUUGUCCAUCUACGAUGACUGCACAUGUAUCUAAGAUCUGUUCCCGGAGCCAGGAUCGUAUUGGAUGUGGAUUUUCAGUCACAGUUUUAGCAAGGUGCACAGGUGGCAAAGACAAACUCUUUCAGGACAGCAUCAGGAUGAAACUACAAACUGGAAAUACAACGUUAUGUUUGGUGUUUCCCAUUGCUGUAAGUCUCAAGCAGCCUCAUUGCCUCAUGUUGUUAAAUGAAUGGUGGCUGUCCCCCUGCCCUUUUGUAAUGUGGGGUUUAGUUAAACAGGAUUAUUGUGUGUUGCUUUUUGGACAGAAACAACAUCUGCUGGGUGGAGGGUAGGGAGGCAGGUGACUUUGAUGUGGUUUGAUUACAUUUUGGUAUUGAGCACAAAACAUUUAUAAACUGUCUCAACAGUUUUGUCCAGGGUUGUAGCUAUAGCCAGCAGAAAAGUGUUGUGCUGCUGGGCAAGACACUGUACUCUCACAAAACCUAGUAGUCUCUCCACCAGGAUGUUACUACCCCAAUGUUAGAGCAACAUUAAAAUGUUACAGCGCAACCAUAAUACUCUUAACAUGUUGCUUCAAGUCACAGAACCCAGAGGUGAAUGCUGGCACCAGUGAGCCAUCUGUGUCCUCCAUCUUCUAUAAUUAA